AUGGAAGAACAAAUAGAACAGGCUGUUGCUUGUGCUCUAAGUUCCACUGCAGAUCCAAGCCUGAAAGCUCAGGCUAUUAAAUACUGCCAAGACUUGAAAGAAUCUCAAGGUGGAUGGCAACCGUGUCUGUCAUUAUUUAUGCAUAUACCAAAAAGUACUCCUGAGGCUCGCAUGUUUGCUUUGGAUGUUGUUGAACACGCUCUUAAGAAUAGUUAUGAAGACGUUGACAAACAACAAGUGAUGUUAAUACGAUCUACAUUGAUGGAUUAUGUAAAAAGAGAAUACACAGGAGAACUAGGAAACAAUCAGGAAUCUGUCGAGCCGUCAUUUUUAAAGAAUAAAUUCGCUCAUACGAUAACUCUCAUCUUUGUCAAAUCAUAUCCAUCCAUGUGGAACGAUUUCUUCGAUGAAUUCUUAAGUUUGCUUGCACCCAAUGGUUUAUCAACGAACAAGCGGAUUACAGACCUAUUUCUUCGAAUUCUACGUUCAAUUGACGAGGAAGUUGCUAGUCUAGUAGUACCUCGGGGGAAUAUUGAAGCAGCGCGGAAUGUUAUGAUUAAAGAUACUAUGCGAAAUGGUGACGUCCAGAAACUUACAACUGCUUUGUAUGAGCUGCUGAAAGAAUUUCAUUUACGCGAUGAAGGGAUUGUUAAUACAUGCUUGAGCUUGAUCGGGUUAUAUAUCGCCUGGAUUGAUAUCUCGCUUGUUGUAAACGAUGCGUACAUUCCCUUGCUCUAUCAGCUCUUGGGUGAAGAAGCAUUUCGCAAUGCUGCCUGUGAAUGUUUGACUGAGAUCGUCAACAAAGGUAUGAAACCAUUAGAAAAGCUCAGUUUGAUCCAAUAUCUAAAUUUGACGGAUGUUUUGGGGAAAUUGGAUUUGAUUGUGCUGACAAGAACCUUCGCAUCCAAGGUUAGCGAUAUACAUUUUACGGAAUAUGUAGCAAAGUUAACCAAUGUGUUGGGGAUGGAAUUAUGUAAGAUAUUUGAAGAGACAGAAGGUAUAACAGACGCAACAGCGGCCUCUUACAGUCAAAUAGAAACUUUAAUCCCGUUCUUAUUAAAAUUUCUGGGGGAUGAAUAUGAUGAUACAUCGUCUGCGGUAUUUGGUUUUCUGGGGUCGUUACAAGGAGUCGUAAAGCUUACCAGCUCACAGCGAGAACUCCUUCACUCGCUAUUAAAUAUUAUUGUACUGAAAAUGAAGUACGAUGAAGAUACUGACUGGGGUGGAACAGAUGAGGACGGCGAGGAUGAAGCAGAGUUUGUCUGCAUGCGUAAGAGUUUGAAGGUCUACUUUGACGCAAUCCUAGUUCUCGAUGAGGAUCUUUUUACAUCUUACAUUCGAUCUGCCGUGAUUUCGACGUUGGAUAAUUACCACAAGAACGGAAAUGAAAUCGAUUGGAGGGAGUUGGAAUUAGCUCUACAUGUAUUAUACUUAUUCGGGGAAAGAGGAUCGAUAACCUUUGUUGUUAAACAAGGGAAUGAGAUUGUAGGAUUGACUCCUUUGGGUGAGAUGAUACUGAAGAUGAUCGAAAGCAACGUCUCAACAUACCCACAUCCCUCAAUACCACUCUACUUCUUUGAAGUUGCCACAAGAUAUUAUCAAUUUUUCGACUUCAGAACAGACUGCAUUCCAUCCGUGCUUGAGGCUUUUGUGGAUACACGAGGGCUGCAUCAUUCCAGUCGCCAGAUACGCAGCCGCUCGUGGUAUUUGUUUCUGAGAUUUGUUAAAGCAUUAAAGGCACACAUGAAUGGAUUUGUCGAUACCGUUCUGGCUAGCAUUCAGGAUUUGUUAAUUGUACAAACAGAGUUACUGCCGAACGAAGGUGCAACUGAUAUUUUAAGCAAAGAUAAAGCUAUGACGGGCAUCUUCAAUGAUCAGAUUUAUUUAUUUGAGGCUACUGGCAUUCUAAUUACUGCUGAAUCCGUUUCACCUGAAAGCCAACUGAACUACGCAGAGGCUGUAAUCAAUCCGCUACUGUCUGAUAUCCAACAGAAUCUCACAGAUUUAUCAAGUCAUAAAGAUAAUUUAUCUAUAUUACAAAUACAUCACUCGAUAAUGGCCAUUGGCAGCUUUGUCAGGGGCUUUCCAGACUCCUUAAAAGGACUAUCUCAUACAACACAAUGGAAGGUGUUUCUCAAUCGAGUAACAGAAGCCAUUCUAGUCGUCCUCGAAGAAUUGAGUGAAUAUCAGAUCAUUCGAGAUGCGGUUAGAUUUGCAUUCGCUCGUUUGGUGAAAGCAUUGGGAACGGAUGUUCUUCCUUAUUUGCCCACUUUGAUAAACGCUUUGUUACGAGACAAUCAGAUAUCGGAACUAUUAGAUGUAUUGCCGUUCAUAGGACUUAUUGCUCAUAAAUUUAAGCCAACCAUCUUUAAUACUAUAAACGAUUUGACGUUGCCACUUGUAGAAAAAGUGUUUACCUGUCUUAAUCAAGCACCGUCUGGAACGGAUGAAACAAGGCUAUUAAUAGACCUUCGGAAGGCAUAUCUUAACUUUGUACUUGCAUUAUUUAACAGUAGGAUGGAAGCUGUGUUUGUCAGCGAAUUAAACCAACCAAUUCUAGAAACCUUUCUUCAAUUUAUUAUCCACUGUGCUAGCGAUCCCUCUGAUAUACCAACGGUUAAGGCAUCAUUUAACAUUCUCGCAAGAGCCAUAAACUCUUGGGCCAGCAAUGAGGAGGCAAUAGAAAGAACUUCAGAAUCAGUUGAACCAGAUCGACCAUUGCCUGGGUUUGAAAAGUUUAUGUAUGAACAUAUACUGCGCGUGUGUUUUGAAUUGCCAUUGAAACCAGAAUUUAAUCUCAACGAUGCGCAAUCUGUUAUGGUAUUAUCUGAAAUAACUAACAUACAAAGAGCGAUGUUAGCUAAACGCCCCACCGAAUUUCCAAAAUACCUGACGUCCGUUUGGUUUCCGUCUAUCCAAUGCCCUCCGGAGCUUGCUGAGGAGUAUAUAAAAGCUCUACGAGAACCAAACGCCAGAGUGUUUAGGAAGUAUUUCCAGGCAUUCAUCCAUCGCUCUAAAUCAUAG